UGUCAUUGCUGUCUUAAUUCAGACAGAGCUAGUAACAAUUUAGACAUUAUGCGAGAGGGAGAUGAGAAACAGAGCCGAGCUCUGGACUUCAACCGACUCGAGGUUUUGUCAUUACUAGGCCGUGGAGCUAAAGGAGUUGUGUUCUUGGUCAAAGACGACGAAGCUAAAUUGCUUGCUUUGAAAGUUAUACUUAGAGAAGCCAUCAAAAAGAAGAAGAACAAGAAUGAUAAAGAGACUCAAGAUGAGUACAAGCGAGUCAGUUUCGAGCAAAGAGUAUUAAACAGUUUCGAUCAUCCUCUCUUUCCUUCUCUCCACGGCGUUUUAUCUACCGAUAAAGUCAUCGGUUACGCCAUUGAUUACUGUCCCGGUCGAGAUCUCAAUUCUUUAAGGCAAAUGCAAUCGGAAAACAUGUUCUCCGACGAGAUUAUCAGAUUUUACGCGGCGGAGCUUGUGCUAGCACUUGAGUAUUUACAUAAUCAAGGAAUCGUAUACAGAGAUUUGAAGCCGGACAAUGUGAUGAUCCAAGUAAAUGGGCAUUUGAUGCUAAUCGAUUUCGAUCUUUCCACAAACCUCGCUCCAAGAACGCCGCAACCUUCACCGUCACCGUCUAAAACGUCUCCGGGGACGACGAAGAAGAAACCUCUCUUCCGCUUCUCCAGUUUUUGUAACUCAGGGAUCUCGCCGGAGGAAUCGACUUCGGUGUGCUCAUCAUCAUCUACGUUGCCCGUGUCAGAUUCUUCAGGAGAAAAGUCGAAUUCUUUCGUAGGAACAGAGGAGUACGUUUCGCCGGAAGUUAUCACCGGCGACGGUCACAAUUUCGCCGUUGACUGGUGGUCGUUAGGUGUGGUUCUUUACGAGAUGUUGUACGGGACAACGCCGUUUAGAGGAUCGAACCGGAAAGAGACGUUUUACUGGAUUUUAUCUAAACCGCCGAAUCUAACCGGUGAAACAACGUCAUUGCGUGAUUUGAUAAGAAGGUUGUUAGAGAAAGAUCCUAGCCGUAGGAUCAACGUUGAGGAAAUCAAAGGUCACGAUUUCUUCAAAGGUGUUGAUUGGGAGAAAGUGAUAUUGGUUUCUCGACCGCCGUAUAUUCCACCGCUGGAUGACGACGGUGGUGAUAAGGGCAAAGAAGUAAAUACAAAAAUGGACGUGGAGAAUAUCGUCCAAGAGAUUUUUGCAGCAAGAGAAGAACGUGAGAAACAGACUGGUGAUGAUCAUAAUAAGAAUAAUGCUGAAAAAAAUGGGGAAUGGGUUAAGGGGUUGAAUAAUAAUAAUCACGAUUUGGAAAGUGAUAACAAUUUUUUGGUAUUCUAAUUCAAUUUCUUUUGUUCAUUUUCUCUUAAACAGGAGAGAAGGGUUAGCUUUUAGCCUUUAGUGUAAGUAGAGGGUAGGCACAAACUGUUGCUUGUUGGACUAUGUCAAAAUGGGUCCAUCAAUCUGUUAUAAGAAUAAUGAAAGGUGGAAAUAGUAAAAAGAAAAAAAAAGUAAAAAAUCUCAGACUAUUGUAAAACACAAAUGUGAUUAUUCAUCACAAGACACAUGUCUUGACACUUGUUAGUGUAAUAUUACACACCCUUCCAUUUGUCUUUACCAAAACUAAUGGGGGUGUGACUCAUGUGUUUUGUAAUAUACUAUAUAUAUGGAGUUGUAAGAGAGUAAUGUAUAUGUUUUGUCUUUGAUCAAAGAAGCUUUCCAAUC